UCAUUUUAUAAUGUCCAUGUGGUAUUUGUAGGGUGGAAAUGUAACCUGCACAAAGAACCAGUGUAACCUUCCCUGUCAACACCCCUAUCAUCAACUAGGACAUUGUUGCCCUGUAUGCAAUGAUUGUAUGUUUGAAGGAGAACAUAUUCUGAACUCUGAAACAGUUUUUAAAGCUGGAAAAGAAUGUCAGUCAUGUACAUGUAAGAAUGGUAAUGUUUCUUGUGAACCUGUACCUUGUCCUGCAGACUGUAUUCUGUCAGGGACUGUUGAUUUUACAUAUCAGCAUGGCAAUAUCUUCCAGCCUGAGGCUGAUCCAUGUGUUCAGUGCAUUUGUCUGAAUGGCAGCAUAUCUUGUUUUGUUACUUCUUGUGACAAGGACUGUGACCAUGGAGUAUAUUCCCAAGAUCAGUGCUGUUCAAGUUGUGAUGCUUGUGAGUAUAAAGGUGCUAUUCACAGUAGUGGAGAAACAUUUCUCAGCAUAGAAGGUGAAGAUUGUAAAAAGUGCUCAUGUAAGUUAGGUACAGUUCAUUGUGAACAAGAAAACUGCAGAGAGUUGGAUUGCCCAAUAGAGCGUCGUGAACAACUUCCCAAUUCAUGCUGUUCUGUGUGCUUAAACCAUACCAGCCAGUAAAAGUCUUAUCUGAUUGGCUUUUGAAGAAUUUACAUGUAAGAAUUGGGUUUACAAAGAAAAGGUAUUAUCACUGGAAUAUAGUUAUGUGUACUAACAAAACUUAAUGGUGAUUUACUGGUGAUGGCCUCUUACAGUCACCUUAUACUUAAUAGAUCAUGGAAGCUUGAUAAAGACAAAAAAGGUGAAAUUUGUAUUUUACUUUUUUUUCUAUGGAAAUAUACCAUAGAAUUUGUUCUCAUGGAAUAACAAAUUGCUGCUACCAUGAUUUGCUGAGGAUUGCAAUUUUGAGCAAUAACAUCUGCAAUCCUCCAAGUCAAAGAAUAAUACAGUGUUUGAAUAGUGUUCGUUCUGUGUACAUACAGUAUGGAAUUAAGGCUAUGAGGGGCCUAAGGCUAAUAGGAGGGAAGGGCCUAAGUAUGUACUACAUAUUGCAUAAAAAAUUAAUAAAUUCAUCAAACAAAUUUAUUUAUUUAUCCAAAAUUAACAAAUUUAUCCAAAUUUAAAAUAAAUUCAUCAAACAUAAAAAAUUCAAUACACUUGUUUCUUCAAACAAAAAUUGGUACUUUUCUGGCUCUGGCUGUCACAAACUCAUCAAUGAUGUUAUUGUAAUUCAAAGACCUGACAAUUUCACUCUCAAUGCUCAAGAGGGACAAAGAAUUGAGAUGGUCUUAAUUCCUAGUAGGUUGUAAGACAUAUUUGACCCUUUUUAGAAGAGACAGGGAAUGUUCUCCACUACUAUUAGUGAUCUCUUGUGACAAAUACAACCAUAAUGCAGUUUCAACAUUUGGAAAACAUUCAAUCUUAUUGAAUUUAAUAAUAACAGUACAUCCAAAUAGGUUUACUUUCAUUGUCUUUUUUCUAAAUAUCCGAGAAGGAUGUAAAUUCAACAAAUUGCUGAAAUUCUUUAGUAAAAUCCAUUGGAAGAUUGUCUGGGUGUUUCUGACACAGAUAUUUGGUACCUUUACUGACUUGGGAAUUUGACAUAUAUUAGGAAAAACAUUUGCCAGGACAUUAUAGGAUUUGUCAUUAUCAGCAUAGGCUUAUAUCUAUUGUUCUAAUGCACUCUUCUGCUUGUCAAUGAUUGUGAUGAAAUUAUUAACUCUGAAAGCCUCCUUGCUGCUAAUAUGUGAGCAGUUGCAUCUAGACAUGUCUUCUGUCUUUUUUGGCAUUUGGCUGAUUUGUACUCUUGGUUAGCAUUCCUUGCCAUCCCCUGAGCCUCAUAUGCAUCCAAACUGUCCCACAUUUGUUGGAGAACAAUUCCUAGGCUCUUUAAUAUGUUUACAGCAGUGGAAAGGUUGAUUUAAGCACUUUGC